UGGGUGGUGCCUGAACAGAUAGAGACUUGGACGCAGGCCAAGGGAAGACUCUUUAACAGCCAGCGGGAGAAGCAAAGUGUCAGUCAGCUCGCAGUCAUCAUCCACGAUGGCUCUCAAUAUACCAGGUCUGGUGAUGAUGGUCAUCUUCUACCUGCUUGUGUUGGGAAUCGGCAUCUGGGCGUCCGUGAAAUCAAAGAAAAUGGAGAAAAACGCACAGAAUGGACAGGUGGAGGUCUCUUUUUUGGCCAACCGGAGCGUCAGCAUGGUGGUGGGAGUCUUCACAAUGACGGCUACUUGGGUCGGAGGCGCCUUCAUCAUUGGUAUUGCGGAGUCGGUUUACAAUCCCACCAAAGGUCUGACCUGGGCUCUUAUUCCUCUGCAGAUGUCGAUUUCUUUUAUCAUCGGUGGGCUGUUCUUUGCAAAGCCCAUGCGGGAGAACAAUUACGUCAGCAUGAUGGAUCCAUUUCAGAAAAAGUACGGGAGAAAGCUGACGGCGGUUCUCGCCAUCAUCCCGGUCUUAACUGAAGUGAUCUGGAUUCCUGGAUUGCUGAUUUCCUUGGGAGCGACCAUGAGUGUGGUUCUGGAUCUGUCCUUCAGCGUCUGCGUCUGGAUCUCCGCUGCGGUGGCGAUCAUCUACACCUCUCUCGGAGGUCUCUAUUCAGUCGCGUACACCGAUGUCAUCCAGAUAUCACUGGUGCUUCUUAGCUUGUGGCUGUGUGUGCCUUUUGUUCUGACGAGUGGCGUUUACACCGACAUCACCAAGACGGCCUUCAACCACACACAUCAGGCCCCCUGGCUCGGCACGCUGGAGUCUGAUGACGUCGGGAGGUGGAUCGAUAAUUUUCUAGUGAUGAGCGUGGGCAAUUUGGCAAUUCAGGAUUUCCAUCAAAGGACUCUCUCCUCCAGCUCCACCUCCACCGCCAGAAUCAUCUGUUUCGUAGCGUCGGGAGUCGUCAUCAUCACUGGAAUCCCGUCCGUGUUGAUCGGAGCUGUCGCAGCUUCCACAGACUGGAACUCCACCUCGUAUGGUUCCCCCUCUCCAUACGAGCGAGGCGAGGCGUCCAUGGUGUUGCCCAUCAUCCUGCAGCAUUUAACCCCAACCUUCAUUUUCGCGUUUGGCAUCGGAGCCAUCGCUGCAGCGGUGAUGUCCUCCGCUGACUCUUACCUCUUGUCGGCCACCACUAUUUUCACCACCAACAUCUAUCAGACCAUCAGGAGUCAGGCAUCAGAUAAGGAGCUGCAGUGGGUGAUUCGUCUCUCGAUAGUGGUCGCAGGAGUUGUGGGAACUUCUCUCACAGUCCUGGACAACAGCAUCUUGGUGUUCUGGAUCCUGGGUUCAGACUUGUCCUACACCAUUUUAUUCCCACAACUGAUCUGCGUCCUCUUCAUCAAGAUUUCUAACGGUUACGGGGUGAUCGCGGGCUACCUUGUGGCGGUGGUGAUGAGACUGUUGUGCGGGGAGCCGCUGUUCGGCCUCCCCGUCCUCCUACAAUUCCCAGGAUGCACCUUGGAGGACGGCGUUUACGUCCAGCGCUCUCCUGUCAAAACCAUCUGCAUGCUGGCUGCUCUGGUCUCCAUUGUGGUGUUUUCAUGUGUGUCGUCGGUCCUGUUUAACAAGGGGAUCCUUCCUGAGAGGUGGGACGUGUUGAAGGUGAAAUCACAGCCGGCACCAUCACCAGCAGGUCGCACCAAAGAGUGUGAUACUGAAGAUACGGAUGACGACAAAGUCCAAUCUGAACCGAUGCUGGAUACAAAAUGCUAAGUUUUUUAUUCUUUGUUGACUUAACUUCUGGGUUGUGGUGUUACAGUGUGUAAUGAUUGAUCUUUCAUCCAGUUGUAUUGUAAGACACCUCUUAAAUAGGAUUUGCAGUGGGGAUGUAAGUGAAGAACCCUGUAUGGUUCUGGGUAGAAUGUAUGUCUAUAUUUGUUGUAGCCCUUUAACUACCUCACCUAAAUGGGAUGCAGCCAUCGUUAAUGUUAUAAAUUCCACCUGUGAUUUUCCUGCUUCCAAAAAGGUCUGUUCAGGGUGACACUUGACACAAAUAAAGUCAUCAUUUUGUGCA